AUAGUGAACUUUGACCUUUGUAAACGCACACACAUUUUCUUCCGUGCAGCUUGCACAAUACAUGAUACACAAUAGGCGGAACUAAGGUGAUGACUGCGAAAUCGGACAAUGUUUUUUCACGAAUAGCAGAUUGGAGCAGAUAGAGACCUUGAAUUUUUAAAAGAAGGAGUUGAUGCCAACGAGAAAGUGUUACUGGAAUGCACGAUGAUUAAAUUGUUUUCCUUGAAAAAGCAGGCCGAAGCUGCCGCAGAUCGGUCGGACGGAGACGGGAAGAGAGCGUCCGCUGCACAGCUGCGACUGCAGAAAGAUCUUGGGGAGCUGAAUCUACCAAAGACAUGUCAGAUAGAUUUCCCUGAUCCUGAUGAUUUACUUGUUUUCAAACUAGCCAUACAGCCAGAUGAAGGCUUUUACAGAAAUGGUAGAUUUGUUUUUGGUUUUAAGGUAUCACCGAACUACCCCCAUGAACCUCCUAAAGUCAAAUGUGAAACAAUGGUAUACCAUCCGAACAUCGACUUAGAAGGAAAUGUGUGUCUCAAUAUACUUAGGGAAGACUGGAAACCAGUUUUAACGAUAAAUGCAAUCGUCUAUGGAUUACAAUUUCUUUUCUUGGAACCUAAUCCAGAUGACCCCCUCAACAAAGAAGCGGCCGAAGCGCUCCAGCAGAACAGAAGACUCUUUGAACAGAACGUGCAGAGGACGAUGCGAGGCGGCUACGUCGGCAGCACCUAUUUUGAACGAUGCCUUAGAUGAACUUAGACUUGUAGUAUUUUAAUCUAUAUUCCCCUUUCCAACUCGCCCCCUUAUCUCUAUCUUUUUAUCCUCCUCUUUCUCUCUUCCUCCUCCUUUUCUCUCUCUCUCUCCUAUACAAAUUUUAUCAUAUUCUGCUUGGAUAUCACAUUGACAUCACCAUGUUUUUUAUUGUCCUAUGUAUGUUCCUUCUUGCUCUUGCUGAAAGAUUCAGCAAACAUUCUUAGAACGUUCAAGAAACGGCCAAACGUCAAAAGGUUUUGGAAACCCACUAAGAAUGCUCAACUGUUUCCGAAAUCUCUGAAGGCUUUUGAAACGUCACUUAGAACACAUUAAAGAAACAGUCUCAAAAUGUGUAUAGCUUUUGAAUAUUGUUCUUUGAUUGUUCUGGAAACACUCUGAGAAAGCUGGAUGAACUCAUUGGUGGUGGCGUACCGUGGACUUGCCAUGCCAUACUGAUACAGAGAGAAUCUCAUCACCGUAUAUGUGCAUAUCUUGUGUGCGUUUUAUUUUCAUGAAAUCACAGAAGUUUCACCGUAUUAUAUGCCAAUAUGAUAAUACGGUAGUUCAAAACUUAAGCUGCUGGCUACUGAAUUCUGUCAUUGUACAGGGCCCACUCAGUUCCAGUGGUAACUGAUUAAGAAUCACAAUCCUUAAAAUUCAGCUAUCAUAAUUUCCUCAACCAGCCUCAGAUUUUGACACAUCUCUAUACCCAUAUGUAUAUGAUUUACGAAAUACAUUCAUGGGGGCCGUUUCAUAUAGCUGUUCGUAAGUUACGAGCGACUGGUGAUCCUUUCUUGUGGUAAAUGGUAUACACAUAGCAAAGGUUAAGCGCGUAAGAAAGGUUCACCAGUCGUUUUUAAAGUCACUUCUAACUUGCUUGCGAACAACUAGAAACCCACCAGCUCUCAAGGUAAUGCUUUGAAUGCUCCCCAGCGAGUGGAGAUUGUGGCCAACAGUGUGCUUCAAAGCUACCAAAAUUAUUAAUUAAGGCAAUAGCAAUAUAAUGCCUUUGGACAGUGUUAGCAUGGCUAUGUAGAGAAGCCACAAUCCUCCCCAGGGAGUGGAAUGCGCUGUUUAUCUACUGAAAUCGCAGACUAGGCCAUAGGCAAUGCUGUGGGACAAAACUGGAUGAAGGGGGCAGUUUAAGAAUGACUAAGAAAACAUGUUAGCCACAAUCCUCGAACAGGAGUGGACACUGGUUGACUGACAAGGUUUUGCUCCUGAAGUAAGGGUAGUAAAGCGGCUGUAUUAAUGCCAUGGGAUAGAAACCAGAUGAAGGUGUCAGUAUAAGCAUAAGAAGAAAAUCCGCAUCCUCCCCAGGAAGUGGAGACUGCGGGUUGGCAGACUAGUAUUGCUACUGAUACAUGUAUAUGGGUAAUGACACUAUUAAUGCCUUUGGAUAGAAACCUGAUGAAGGUGUCAGUGCAAGCAUGAGAAGAAAAGCCACAAUCCUCCCCAGGGAGUGGAGACUGUUGCUACAGUGUGCAGCAGUGCUGAUAUAGUAGACUAGAAUGAUAUUAAAACUAAUGCAUUUGGACAGAAACCAGAUAUUGUGAAGAUGUUUGCAUGAACAGGAUGAAAUUAUAUUAUAGUUUGCUAUUUUUAUUAUCACUAUUUAUGGGAUGAUGAAGAUGGGAUCUUUCAAAGGUGAAAUCAAGCAAGAGAAAGUGAAUUGGCAAUACAAUGGAUAGUUAUGGGUAAUUUUCACUCGGUCAUUACGCCUCGUGUCCAAUAUAUUUUCUUCUUUUAACUGACAUUGAUUAAGUGCAAAGCUCAAAUAAUGAUCUUUAUGGAUUAAAUGUGAGUAUUUUCAUAAACAUAUUGAUCCAAGAAUGAUUGUGAAUGGCUAUUAUUAUUUUCUGAUUUCGAGAAGGAAAGAAACAAUUUCAAGUCGAUUAUUUUCAACUCCAUAGAAUGGGAGUAAGUUGAAUCUUUCCUAUGAACUAAGUCAGGUGAUAUAAAUACUCCUCUCCAUCUUUUCCUGCUGUCAUGUUUGCCUAUUUCUGCACACUCCCAAAGUAUAUAGUACUUCUGUUUACCUCAUUUUAAUAUUGAUCUUUUGUUCUCAGCUAUGAAAGUUCAGGUUUUAGGCCCCAAACAGUUUUAGUCAAAUACUGGCUGAAAAUUUUGUGUUAUACAAAUCAAACAUGCAAGAUUUUACUUUUGUGCAGUCAUGUUCCAUUGCUGUACAUGUGUCAUUAAUGCAGCUACUAUUUAUUAAAGGUAACUCACAUGAACAGUGGUUUUGUUUAUACUGUAACCCUAGUAACACGUGUUGAUUUUAGUUUCCUGUGACAAAAGUACCCUUUCAUUGUUUGACUCGUUCUCAAUUUGUGCUCUUGGUAUUUUAUGCACAAAAUAUGCCAAACCCAUCGCUUCGGACUCCAUAUGCACCCUUUGUGAAUUUGUUUGGGCCAUAGCAUUGAGCAUAUGGGUUCAAUACCUGCUCUUGUGCACAAUACCAAGUCCUUUGGAGAGGAAGGAAAAAACAGCAGUCCCUCGGUUGCUAACUUGCUUUGUGCCUACAUGCAUCGCAUAUGGUUUUUAUAGCAGCCUUGGGGCAAUAUACUACAAGCUAAAUUUUAAUUUACUAGUAAAUGAAAAACAAAAUUUUAUGAGAUUUCAUCUGUCUAGCUUCUCAAAGUUGGCACUAGACGUUCAUGAAUAUUUUAAAGAGUGAUGAAUUUCAUUAUAAUUAUCUUGGUGCCACUACCACUUAUAAAGACAAAGUCUAAUGAUUCUGUUAUACGGCAUCUAGUUAGUGUCUAUUGAGUUUCAGGGCCCCGUCUUCCAAAGAGUUGCAAUUGAUCCAAUCAACCACAACUGAAAAGCCAGCAACACCAACAUCUGAAAUGCAUGUUCAAAAUGUUUUCUAGGUAUGGUGUAUGUAAUACUCAUUCUUCCAUCGCUAUCUUGACAAUUCAGUGUACUCUAUGUUGACAAAAGAAUUGUGCAAGUUUCUAAUAGUAAAAUUUAUGACAAUAAUAAUAAUAUAGGUAUAUUUACCCAGGGAAGCCACUUCAGUUCUGAAAACUGUUCUCCCAGCGGGCCCUGCAAUUAAUAUUACCCCGGCUUCAGCUGGGCUGCCUAGGCGCUCAAGCAUUCAAGGAAUUUCUUCCUACCGGGUACCCAUUCACCCCACCUGGGUUGAGUGCAGCACAAUGUGGAUAAAUUUCUUGCUGAAGGAAAUUACGCCAUGGCUGGGAUUCGAACCAACGACCCUCUGUUUCAAAGUCAGAAGACUAAUCCACUGAGCCCUAACGCUCAACAAUGAUGGACUUCCAUACAGUUGAGGACUUGAGGUUGAUCAGAUCAAUAACUCUUUGUAAGACAAGAGCCCAGAUGUGCAAGCUCCUUCCAACACCCUAUUAACAUAAAAUGAGGAACUCGACAACAUCAAAGAAUAUCAGCACGAAAUGAUGAUAUUCCUCUGUGCUUUAUACAUCAGUGAUGUCCCCAAGCCAUUGCAUAUAUCUAGUGGGAGUUUGAGAGAAAAUCCUUUUUUGUUUUAUUAUUAUUUUGUGUGUUAAUGGCACUAUUAAGGCCUGUUAGGAUAUGACUUGAUGAGCUCUGUCUGCUGGGCUAAUAAGAUGAGUCGGGGUGAUAAUAUCCAAGUACCUUUGAAGUGCAUCUAGGGACAUUACUGUACAUGUAUAUCAGAAUGUGAUAUGCGCUAUAUAAGAACUGAGUAUUAUAUUUGUGAUUGUAUUAACAAGUGUGAACGUAGAGACUUCCUAUUUUAUUAAGGCAGUCAUGAACGUAUGCACAUCAAAGGCAUCUUGGGGCCAGUUUCAGAAAAGGUUGUGAUCAAAGGCAACUUGAUUUACAACCAAUCGUGAAUGUGCAGGGCUUGAUGGGUAUAUUUCAAGUUGCAUUGAAAUGCAAGCCUGUCUACACCAGGACUCCAUAACACAAAGAUUAGCGAUGAAUAGCAAAUAUGAGAGACCACUUCUGAUUGGUUCCUGGUCAGUAUUUUGUGUCAAAUGCGCAUGUAAUGUUGAUCUUGAUUGGUCAGUUCAUUUAGCAAUUGAUCGCUAAUCUUUGUGUUGCGAAGCCCUGGAGGAGAAUACGCCUGCAGUUAGCAAUAUCACUGUUCAUGCCCCUUUGAAAAUUACAGGUUUAAGUAUUUGGCAGCGAGACAAAACCAGAAUGUAAAAUUAUAUAAGUAGCUUUGGUAUAUUUCAUUGAUUUGCCAUAAAUUUCAAUUCAACUUUUAGUUUUUAACAAAGAAAUUACAAAAGAAUGCAGUUACUGAGGGAUAUAUGAAUAAUUUGUUAACAUGUCCCUUUUUAACCUUACAUGUACACACUCAUCUGUUUUUAUUUUUAUUUUUUUUGUUUAAUUGGGUUUAUCACGUCAUAUCCAACAGGUGUGAGCUGUACUUCAAUUCUCAUCGUGUGUAUAAGAUGAAUGAGGUCCAGUCUUGUGGUUAUAUAUUUGUGGAAAGCAUGUAUUUAGCUUCUCUGUAUGUAAUGAUACUAGUCAAGAUUUUUGUAAUAUUAACUUAAAAAUGUGAAAAGAAAAUGAGAGAAAAAAAAAUUGUACAUUUUAUGAAGGGAUGUUAACAGAUGCUAAUAAAGGUACAGUAUUCAAA